AUGCGGCGCGGCCUGGUUGAGGAGUAUGUGGAGAAGAUGCCGAACCCUAGCCUCAAAGCGUUUAAACCUGUCGACCUGGGUGAUCUGAAGAGGAGGAAUACACAGGAUGCAAAGAAGUCCUAA